AAUUCUCUCUUGGCAUCUCGCAUUUAGUAGGUAGGGUUUCAUGAAUAAGUUUCUCGGGUGUAAGAAAACAGUAUAGAGCCUUACGAUCAAGAGCAGAAAUGAAUACCGACAACUUCCUCCAAAUUAGCAUUGUUCAAUAUGUUUCAAUGGGCUCGACUCACGUUCAAUGCCACGAUCAUAGCAAAAAGUCUCACUUUACUCCUUUUCUUGCCUUGCUCUACUGGGAUGAUCACUUCCCCAAACGCCGCGAGCUCAAAUUCCGCUUCAUUUGUUGAGCCUGGCGGCACAAAGGCAAUCGCAUCGACAGCGUUUAUUUUAGGGGCCACGGAGCUGACGACAAUAGUUUCAUCCAUUCUGAAAGUGCGCCGACACUAGUGGACUGUGUUGAAGGACAAGACAAAGCAAAACGAGGGAAUAUGGGAAAUUGGUUGUGUAAC